AUGAAUUAUCAAUUGUUUAAUGAAUCAGAUCAUACAGCAAUUUACAAAGCAUAUCGUACUGGUUAUCCACAAGAAUUAUAUAAAAAAAUUUUGGAAUUUUAUUUCAAUACAACCAAUAUCGAUUUCAAUAAUGAUGAUAAUGAUAAAAAAAUUCCAUUAGCUUUAGAUGUUGCAUGUGGCAGUGGACAAGCAACUGUUGAUUUAAGUUAUUAUUGUCAUCGAGUUAUUGCUAUUGAUUGUAGUGAAAAUCAAUUAAAAAAUGCAACAUUAAAAGAAAAUAUUGAAUAUCAUUGUUCUAAUGCAGAAAAUUUAACAUUUUUAUCACCUAAUUCAAUUGAUCUUAUUACAGUAGCAACAGCAUUACAUUGGUUUGAUAUUCAAACAUUUUUUCAACAAGUUGAUCGUGUUUUAAAACCGAACGGUGGUGUUCUAAGUGUGUGGAGUAUCGGGUUUCCAUUAUUAGAUAAU